AAGGAUUAUUGUUUAAAGUAAGUUAUCAUAAUGAAACUGUUUAUAACGCUUUGUUUCGUAGCAACAUUGUGCACUGCUCCUACCUUGGGUUCAGGAAAAAAUAUUGUUUGCUAUUUCGCCAGCUGGACAGUUUAUAGGAUUGGAGAUGGAUCUUUCGACGUACGUAACAUAGACCCAUCGUUAUGUACCCAUAUCAAUUUUGCUUUCAUUGGUCUUUACGCAGAUGCCUCCAUUCACAUUUUAGAUUCGUGGGAAUCAAAUGAUCCUGGAGGUUACCAGGGCUUCAAAAAUCUGGUGGCUCUAAAAGAAACAAAUCCAAAUCUUAAAGUAAUUAUAAGUAUGGGUGGUUGGAACGAAGCAUCUCAGAAUUACUCAAUAGUAGCUGCAGAUGCAAUGAAGAGAAAAAUAUUGGCCAACAACGUUGAGACCUUUAUAAAAAAGUGGAACUUUGAUGGAUUUGAUUUAGAUUGGGAAUAUCCUGGAUUGAGAGGAGGAAACACAACAAUUGACAAAGGCGACUUCACGGCACUUUUACAAGAACUUAGUAAUGUUUUAAAGCCCCAGGGAUACUUAUUAAGUGCAGCAGUAGCGGGAGCAAUUGAAAAAAUUGAUGAAGCUUAUGACAUUCCAGCGAUUUCAAAGCUACUAGACUUGAUCAAUGUUAUGGUUUUCGAUUUCCACGGCGCUUUUGACAACUAUGUAGGACAUAUCUCACCGCUUUUUCCCGCUAAAGUUGACUACGAUUACUAUAAUAAUAAAACAUACAAUGUGGAUACAGGAAUUCAAUAUUGGUUGAAUGGUGGUGCAGAUCCUGCAAAAUUAAACUUGGGUGUUGUCGCUUAUGGAAGAACUUUUACUUUGGCUGAUAAAAAUAAUACCGCUCUAUAUGCUCCUGUCAAAGGUGGAGGUAGAGUUGGACCUUAUUCACAACAAUCUGGAUAUUUGGGAUAUAAUGAGAUUUGCAAAUACUAUACCGACUCAACUUACGUAUGGGAUGACGAACAGAGAGUUCCUCACAGAUACUGGAGUGACCAAUGGGUGGGUUUUGAAGAUGAGAAGUCUUUAACAGAAAAAGUAAACUAUGCUAUUGAAAAUAACUUAGGAGGCAUGAUGUUGUGGUCACUCGAUUAUGACGAUUUUAGAGGAGCGUGCGGAGAUAAAUAUCCACUAUUAAGAACUAUAAAUAAAAUAAAUAAUUAGUGUAGUAUUUAAAGUUUAAAAUAUGGUAAUUGAUUUUCAUUGUAAUAAUAAAAAAUAAAAAAUGAUUAAGUUA